GACUGUGAAUAACCCUCUCUGUGUUCAGAUCUGUCGGACAGUGAGCAUUGCCUUGCAUUUUAGCUUUGCUUCCUUGCCUCUGCCUCACUUCACUUUGCUUUUUAGGCCCCCCUUUCCUCUUCACGUUGUUCACUGUUUUGUUUCAUUUUUUUAACCAACUUGUCAUCUGCCAAAUAAAGAGUACGGAAGAGAUUGUUUCCUUAUAAUUGUUCCUUAUCCACCUAUAAUUUGCUUUCCCUUCCUUACUCUAUUUUGCGCCUAUCUCCUGAUCUUCUCACCUUCGUCCCUAUCCCUCCUCCCUUCACAGUCUUUGGUUUUGGAAAGAGCUGGGAGAUGUGGUUGUAUGCCAGACGGGCUUGGUUAUUACUUACAUAGGGAAACUUCAUCCUGUCCAACAAGUAAGCUAUUCGUAGCCUUGAGGGAUAUGUCUAAAGGGCACAGAGUUUCCACUCAAAAUUUAAGUAGAUUAGAUUGUGUGUACAUAUUUGUUGUGACUUGGCAGGUGUCCCAGUGCCUGAGGUCUUAGAGCAUAUACUUUGCUAUACUUGAGGCAAGCUGAACUGCAUGUUUCAAGAGACGUUCUGGAGCAGUGGGAGGCUGCAAGGAGUUCACAAAGGUGUUAUCCUCUCUAGAUCUUACGCAACAGGAGUCCUGACUGCUGUUCUGUCUAGUCCCGUAAUUUAUCUUGGUAUUAACUUCUAUCAGAUGCUUCAAGGGGUGGAAUAACCGUAAGACAGACAGGAUAAAAUCCUCUUUUAACUCUCUGCUGUUUUGGAUUCUGUUCUGGAAGAAGAGGGCUGCUAUUAUUUUUUCUGAAGCCCUCUUUAAAUCACGAUACCAUUCUGAUGAUCGCAUUAGAGAUGAGUGUUGUCUGCAUAACUGUAUGCCACCUACUGGCACUGCAUCUCACAGGCUAAUUGCUGUUAAAAACAAAGUAUUUGUGCUUAUUAGUUUGAAAUUUGCUACGCUGUGGUGUUAUUAUCUCUCACUGUUGUGAGAACAGCUGAAACUGCGUCAUCAAGUUAGUCUACUGUUAAUUAUUUUAAUAGUAUUCACUCGUGUUGUUGGUUUGUUGCUGUUUAUUUGUUUGGUUUGUUUAUUUGUUGUUGCUUUUGUUUUAUUUUUUUAAGUGUAGUCCUGAAAUUCAGGUGCUGCAGACAUGCUGGAGGGAACUGUGAGGUUAAAGCAGUUGUAUUUUAUGAAAUUGUUUGGUAUGGCGCUUUUCCUUAUAAGGUCCAAUGACCAGUUGUUUUGAUUAUUUAGAAGGGAAAAAUUCCAUGAGAACUGUUACUGAAAAUGACUAACUUGGCAUUAGUAAUCUGUCAUUCUCUUACAGCAUUUGAUGCAACACUGAAGUUAAUAAAGAUUGCUGAAAUAUCAGCAGCUGAAGCGCUGAAAUAUCUGAGCUGAAGUGCUCAGAUGUUUUCAAAUUCAUAUUCAUAUGUGAACUGCUUAUUACAUUUUCUUGUAAAUCACUAGUAGUAUCUGUAAAUAAAUAUGGUCUUUGUUUGUGGUGGUGUGAUCUCAACAUCCAGGCCUUUGUAAAUAAAGAGUAGCCUGGAUAUCUAAGAGAAGAGUCAAACAGUUGUUUCAUAGAGCAGGCUGACCUAAAGGCAGCUCGGAGCUGGAGAGGUUCCUAGGUUUUUCUGUUAGAGAGGUGAAAUCUCUGCAGAAUGAUGGUAGCACUGUGCUGGAGAAUCUGCAGGAGCCCAGUGGGAUUGUCAGGUCAGGUUGCAUGGGGAAGGGAUCCUUGACAGAGAGGUGGUGUGGAUUUAUUUAAGCAGUUUUGUUUCUUUAUUUAAGCAAGGGUUGGAAGCUAAUAAAAAUGCACUAGCAGAUAGGCAGCACAUAUGGGCCCCUUUUGCUUGAAGUUACAGAGAAGUAUGAGAGAGACGCUACUAGGAUUUACCUGAUUUGAAAUGUUCAUCUACCUUACUCGUUCUUUGGGCAUCUCAGUGCUUUGGGAAGAAAUGCUUAAAAACAGCCGCCCAAACACAUUUCUGCUGUCUGUUAGAGCAGGCUCUUAGAGGAUGAGGAAUGGUCUGCUUUUACCUUCUGUAUGUUGAAAUUUACCCUAACAGGCAGAAAGUUGCAUGAAAAAAAUUACUGCGUUUCUUUUACUUCUGUUAGGCUUUUCUAAGUACAGAAACAUAGGAUUCACUCAAGCAAAUAAUGGGUAGAAUUGUCCCUUUUGUAAACCUUAUAACAGAGGUAGUGAGAAAGCUUUUGUGAUCAACAGUCUAGACACCCUAUUUACUAUGGUUUUGUCUACAGUAGGCUGCUGCUUUGAACAUGUUAGUUCUUCUCAUGGCAUCGAGUGUCCGUGCUGAACUGAAUUCUGCAGGUUGUGUCAGAAAAAGGCUGCUUGCUGCAGUAAGUGCAGGAAAUGCACAUUGCAGUCAGUUAGAUUCCUCUCUAAGGUGUCUUUGAGCUACUGCCUUAUAAUAUGCUAGUUUGUUCUCUGUACCGUAUUUCUUCCCACCUGGCUCUCUACCCAUGUCCUUCUUUACUCCAGGACCAUCCUGAUUAGUGGUAAAUGCUUUAUAUGUGUUGGCACUUACGAUAAAGAUUGUGAAGAGGUUGGUUGUGGUGAUUUAUUAGUUACGAAGGGUCUACAUUGUCUCUGGAAUUGUGUGGCCUCUCAUUUGUUCAUGCCUGACGCUACUCAGAUGACAAUCAUUGCGGGACGUACAGAUACAGGCCAGUGCCCACAGAAAUGAAAGCCAAAGGGCACACCUGGAGGUGUCCUCAGGGAUGAAUCAAUAAAAAAGGCCGUAAUGGAUCUGUCAAUUGACAAGGAAACAUAACGAGAUUCUUGCUCAGUGCCCUCACAAGUUCUUUGGGCUGGGGUUCUGCCCGUGACAUUGCCACCAAAUCCAGGAGUGACGUAUUUAUUUUUUUUCCCGGAUGGUGCACAGUGCCACAGCAGAGGCUUGAGGCAGCCAGGUAAAAGCCCAGCAGUACAGGUCAGUAGCCUCACCUAUGCCAUACUGUCCAGCCUGGCCUGGGCUUGCUGGAAGCACUGACUCAUCAGAUGCGAGCAAUACCCAAGAAACAACCACAGGAUCCCGCAGAGACUGGAGGAGGAAGCCGAUCCAGUAAGUACUGCAUGCCCAAUUGCACAAUAAUUUCACAGUAGGGUUUGAACUACUUUUUCUGGAGUGGAGAGCUCGGGCUCAGGUAGCGGCCUUCCAUUUGCAGUUCCACUCGGCAGUUCUCAAACGCAGGUCAGGCAUGUCUUUAUUUAUUAGCCGUGGGUUCCUCACCCACACAUACGUGCUCUCGCUCACUGGCCCCCUCCAACCUUCUGUGCUCCAGCUGUGAUUCCUACGUGUCUUUGCUUCUCUUAUCCUCUCACCUGAAGAAUAACAGCUUUACUAUUGGUACUCCUUUCCCAUCUCAAAUUAUUUUAUGUCAAACACAGUAAAUUCCAUGCAGCCCUCACUCAGCUCACCUUGCCUAAUUACCAGCCCUGGUUUGCUGAAGUACUACUUGGAAACUUUAUUGUCAGUCUCCUUGUACCUCCUUCUUCUCCUUCCCCUUGUUAUCUUUGUUUCCUACCCUCUGUGUAAGAGACCCACCCCAUAAUGAAGGUCUCUUUGCCACCCAAGUCUCUGCAGCCCAUCCCAUAGUUCCCUGCCCUGUUUGGGAAGCCUGGAGAUCUCUAGAAGGAUUGGAGAGGUGACCCUGCUCUUGAUGCUGAUCUCAGGAGCUCAUGGCUCUCUCUCUGCUUGCGUAGGGAAGCCGGGAUGCUGUGGGGAGGGUUCAUGGCUACACACAGCAAGGAGCAAAUACUUCCCCACUGAGCUAGAGCUGUGGCACAGCUCUCCUUCCUGCUUCCUGGCAUCUCAGCUUCUCGCCUGGGUGGAAGGAGAGAGGGUUCGGAGACUGGAGGGAAGUGGUUGUUUGGGGCAGGCACAGAUGCAGUGGAUGGAUGAUGUUACAUGUGACUCUGUGUUUCCCCCUCCUGGCUGCACCCCUCACCUCAGUACUCCUCAGUGUCAUCUGUGACAAAUCUGCACUGUUGACAUGGGAUUUAUUAGCAUUCUCUCUUCGGUACCAGACAUCACAAAUAGAAGAGUUCUUGAUCACACUUCUUGAUGCUUAUGCAUUUUUCACACUGUGUGGUUUUCUUUCUCCUGCCUCUUCCAUCAACUGAAAGAGCAUCCCCCUCCUAAAUCUGUGUUUAAAGCAGCUCACUUCUUUGCUGUGCCAGGUCCCGGACAUGAGUUGCACUUUUCUGCCUCCUCUCUCAGCUGAUCUGAUCUCCUCUUGUUUCCUCCUCGCUAAUCGCAGCCUUCCCCAGCUUUGGUUAUGCUGCCCCCCUGCUCCAGACCUUAGUCAUGCUCAGAGUGUUUAUAAAUCCGAAUGCAGCCUCAAAUAUAAAGCCGUGCUGUUGCUGAGCUUUGUUAGCGUGCUCAAUCUCUGCUGAGGGCGAAGCACUCAAGGAAUUUCAAACUGCUUUGCUUUCCUAAAACUUUAUUUAGUGUAGUGGACUUGUGUAUAUGUAACUACCAGUACAGAUUUGUCUUAAUUUUGCAGCGUGCUUUACAGUAACUUGUAGGAGCCACAAUGAAUGUGUGGGAGGGAGGUUUAAUACAAAUGUUGCAAGGUAAAGGAGUUCCUUUUUUUUUUUUCCUUUUUUUUCUUACCCCCUUCCUUCUAGGAUAUAAUCACCUAAUUGUUCCUGGAUGAUGCUUUUCAAUAGGCAGCCUUACAGUAUGUUAUCUCAGCUUACCUGUGUCUGUAGAAAUGAAGCCCUUUCAUCUCCCAGGGAGUAGUAUCCUUCAGCAUAAGGACAGCUAGUUGCACAUGUGUGCAAUUACAAAUGUAAUGCCCAAUGUUUUUUUGUUUGUUUUUUGUUUUGUUUUGUUUUAAAUACAACCAAAACCCUUUGUUUUCAAAUAACUGUCCAACAGAGUCUGACGACUUUGAGUUUGGAAACAGUAGUGAGCAGCUUACUCCAUCACGUAUGUCCCAGAAAAACCUAAAGCAGCAUAUAUAGUAUGUGGAAGCAAUUUGGAAAGCAUCGUGCAGUUUUGAACAGAACGUGGUGAAAAGAAAUGUUGGGGGAGAAGAAUUUGAAUGUGAUUGAGGGAGGAAGCUAGUUAGCAUUAUUAAAGCAGUUUGUAAUGAGUGGGGUGUGUAGUAACUUCUUUUAUUUUUUUCUGAUUUCUCUUAGCACAUAAAAAGCUGCAGCCCGUAUGAAGAGGGGAAUUAUUAGCUAAAAGAUAGCCGUCAGAUUUCAGAAGAUAAAUGAAAGGUGGAUCUGAACCUUGAAAUUGUCAGCUCAGCAGGAGAUUGCAAAGGCAGAGUGGUGAAAGGAGGGUCUCCUGCAGAACUCCCAAGAAGAUUGAAAUGGAUUGUGCAAUUCUGGAAGGGGACAAGAAACGGGCAAUACAAAGACCAGUAAAAAUGGGAAGUACUGGAUUCUGGUUUCCUCCAAGAAGAGUCAGCGGAACUGGUUAAGACCAAAAUCUGAGGACUUUAGUGGGCAAACAUCAGUCCCCUUUUGCUUUCUUUUACGACCACAUGAAACUUGAGAAGCCAUCUAAAGCUAAAUCAUUUAGUGGAGUUGGGCAAUUCCCAAGUGUCCAACAAGAAGGCCUGGUUUAGGCUGCGAUGGCCACUGUCAUUCCUGGUGAUUUGUCAGAAGUAAGAGAUACCCAGAAAGUCCCUUCAGGGAAACGUAAGCGUGGUGAAACCAAACCAAGAAAAAACUUUCCUUGCCAACUGUGUGACAAGGCCUUUAACAGUGUUGAGAAAUUAAAGGUUCACUCAUACUCUCACACAGGAGAGAGGCCCUACAAGUGCACACAACAAGACUGCACCAAGGCCUUUGUUUCUAAGUACAAAUUACUAAGGCAUAUGGCUACUCAUUCUCCUGAGAAAACCCACAAGUGUAAUUAUUGUGAGAAAAUGUUUCACCGAAAAGAUCACCUAAAGAAUCACCUACAUACACACAAUCCCAACAAAGAGGCCUUUAAGUGUGAAGAAUGUGGAAAGAACUACAAUACCAAGCUUGGGUUCAAACGUCACCUGGCUUUGCAUGCUGCAACAAGCGGUGACCUCACCUGUAAGGUAUGUUUGCAGACUUUUGAAAGCACAGGAGUGCUGCUGGAGCACCUAAAAACUCAUGCAGGCAAGUCAUCGGGUGGAGUGAAGGAGAAAAAACACCAGUGUGAACACUGUGAUCGUCGGUUCUACACCCGAAAGGAUGUCCGUAGACACAUGGUAGUGCACACUGGAAGAAAGGACUUCCUCUGUCAGUACUGUGCACAGAGAUUUGGGCGGAAGGAUCACCUAACGCGCCACAUGAAGAAAAGUCACAACCAAGAACUUUUGAAGGUCAAAACAGAGCCAAUGGACCUUCUAGAUCCCUUUACCUGCAACGUUUCUGUGCCUAUCAAGGAUGAGCUGCUUCCAGUGAUGUCGUUACCUUCCAGUGAACUGACAUCAAAGCCAUUUACAAACACUUUGCAAUUAAAUCUCUACAACACUCAGAUUCAGUCCAUGCAGAGUUCUGCAUCCGCACACCAAAUGGUUGCCACAUCAUUACCAUUGGGGCUGCCUUGUCCAAUAGAUAUGGAGUCUGUCCACCCUUCGCACCAGCUAUCGUUGAAAUAUCCGCUCAGUUCUACCUCAUAUGCAGUUUCUAUGCCUGAAAAAGAACAGCCUUUGAAAGGGGAAAUCGAAAGUUACUUAAUGGAGUUGCAAAGUGGUAUGCCUUCUUCAUCCCAGGAUUCUCAAGCAUCUUCAUCAAAACUGGGGCUGGAUCCACAAGUUGGGCCACUAGAUGAUGGGUCUGGGGAGGUUUCCCUUUCCAAGGGCUCCGUUCCUAUUAGUGAACCUCUAAACACCCCGUCAUUGGACUUUUCUCAGCUGUUCAACUUCAUACCCGUCAAUGGCCCUCCCUAUAAUCCUUCUGUUUCGGUGGGAAACCUUGGAAUGAGUUACACGCAGGAGGAGGCACAUUCUUCUAUGACUCAACUUCCACCACAGACACAGGAUCCACAAGAUCCUAGCAAUAGUAUAGGUCUUGGGUCUCUGCACUCAUUGUCAGCAGCUUUCACGAGCAGUCUAAGCACAACCACCACCCUACCACGAUUUCAUCAAGCUUUCCAAUAGGAUGUACAAAGCUGGCUUGUUACUGUCUAUUUGUAGAAAUGCCUUAGGUGACCAUUUUUAACUUAGUGCCUACUAUAAGACAUUAUCAGUUCUCUGCUUUUGUACAGUACCAAUCUCAUGAAGCCAGUAAGAAAUUUAAAUUAACUUUUUAAAAAUGUUUUGAAAGUGUUUAUUCUCAGCUGUGUUUACUUCAUUGUUUUUGUUUUUUUUUUUUUAAAGUCUCAUUGUAGUGUUUUCAUUUUCACUGCCAAUUGACCCAUUUAAAAUGUCCACUAGAAAGUCAUCCCAAGCAAACUUUCAACACGCAUCCCUUUUAAAACCUUUUCAACCUUACAGCCACUCUGUUCUAUUGAUGUGGUGGAGCUGCCAUUUUUACCUUUUAUAUAUUACAGCAUUUGCAAAGGAUCCAUUUCAAACGUGUAUCACAAAGGUUCCUGAAGAUCAGGGAAAAAUUUUCUCCGGUCCCUUUCCAAAAAAAAAAAACCUCUUCCCAAAUGGUGACAUCUGAUCUGUUCUAUAAUGACAAAUUUUGAUUUUUAAAUGAAGAUAGAAUUCAGAUUUUUCUGAAAAUUUGGAUGUGUAUAUGUCGAAGUCCAUAUAUACACAUGUACAUAUAUAUAACAUUUUGACUUAUAUUGAAGUCAUUAUAAAAGGUGUUAAGAAUUUUGCCAUUUUCUGGCUUAAAUUUUUGUGGCUUGUUAUAAAUAUUGGAAGAAAAAGAAUACAGUUUAAUUUUCUAAAACCGUGGCUGAACAGAACUUCAACAGAGAAUCUCUGCUUGCCUAACUGACAAAAGUUUCAAGUUGAAUUUGGAACUGUGUUGUGCUUUCAUGACUCUGGUAGAGGAAAACAGGCAAAUUUAAUGGCUGAUCUUGAAAUAUAGAAGUGUUGUAAUUUAGUAAUGCAGAAUAUUUUGUCGCAGUUUUUGUUUUAAUUCUUAACUUGCUGUUUUUUUUACCUUUAGUAGCAUAGAAAGAGUACUGCAUAGGAAUCUUCCAGUAGCGUACUGACUUUUGUAGGCAUCGGUCUUCUCCCAGCUGCCACCACCAAAGGGUGGAUCAAGUCCAGCCAGAAAGUGUGUAUCUAUUUUAACUUCAAUAUUAGUGUGCAGUCAGAGAGUGAAUGUAAAUUUACAAAUACCAUUUUUUGGGUUGUUUUUUUUUUUUAUUGGAAUGAACUUUUCAGUUGUGUUACAUGGUGUGUUAUGUCCUCCUAAGCAACAAGUUAGAUGUUAAUCAUACUUUCUACACCUGGGUACUUGGUUAGGGACUUUUUGCCCACUGCCAAGAUUUAAAGACAGGACUCUUAGGAGUGAAGUAAAAGCAUAUUGCUUACACCACUUUUGCCUAAUGCAAUAUUUUCUAUUCCCCAACCCCUAAUAACCAAAAGAGGAAAAAAAGAAAAAAAAAAAAAAACAAAAACAAACCUGUGAUGCAUGAAAGCAAACUCGAGUUGCUGUAAUUCAACAAUAACACACUUUUCCUUGUCAUUUUUGUACGAGGAAUUAAAAUAGAAAUUGAGUACAUUAGUAUCUCUCAAACAAUAAUGAGGAUUCAUACGAGGUUUUAAGUGGUUAAACUAAAUAUACUUCACAGAAACAAAAGUUGCUCCCAUUUAAGGAGCUCAUGCUCCAGAUGUUUUAUCAGUAGCUCCUACUUUUUUUUUUUUAAUUCUAGGAGCAAUAUGCAGGUGUAGUUUUACUAUUUUAUACAUAUAUGUAUUUAAAUUUUAUUACUGAAAGAUAACAUUUUUAUAAAUGUGUUUGUGUUCCAAAGGCAUUAAAAUAAGGAUGUAUUAAUAAGGAAAAUACCUUUUGAAAUUCUACAAAUUGCUCCUAGAUUUUGGGUUUAGGAGCUUGUUAUCUCAAAGUGGGCUUUUAGCUCUGCUUCAUGACUGCUUCCUCUGGUUUCUAUGAAACAGAUCGCUUGCUUACUUACAUCUUUAGUUGAAUGAUUUGUUCAAUAUUGCUUUUUUUGUUUUUUUCUCAUCACUUUUAUAAAGGAAAGAAAAACACAGGUGAACAGAGCACAAGGUGAACGCCACAGAAUGUAUUUCUGGUUAAAAAUCAGCAACCACAAUGCACGUAGGGACAACUUGGCUUUCUUCUGAGUCUUUUCAGACAAUUUGGGAUGAAGAGCAACGGCCUCCCUUGCUCCUGUGAGCUCUGUUCCACGUGAAGCAGAGCCCAGCCUCUCCCUGUGAGCAGAGAGAUGCUCUGCUCGGCUCUGGCAGCGGCUGUGGAAUGGAUGGGCCGCUCUCUUCUUCCCGACAGUGAUGCACACAGGCCCUGGGAGCUUCAGCUCUGUGGGCAGUUUUUGAAUGGCCUGGAGGGAGUUCUUUGCUCGAGCGGCACAAAUAAGUUCGGUUUCCUCUGCCGCUGCCAGAUAGUUGGCCAGAUGCUCGCUGAGGGGAGUCGAUGUGGCACAUGUGACACUCAGCGCAGGGCAGUGCCACCUCUUAUCAGUCCCAGCCGCUGAUCAGACUCGAUGAAAAAAACCCAACAAACACUCGGCCAACACCCAGUUCUUAGUACUUAGCCGGAGUCCUUACUCCUUGGUUAGUGCCUUAGCUUCCUGAGAAGGGGUUGACAUUUCACUUCAGAGGUAGACAUACAUUUCAGUGGAGGAGCAGGGACCUCAGACAAGGUAUUGAACCUCAUUCAGUCAGGGCUGCAGCCGGCGGCUGCGCUCGGCCUGUGCCGCUGAGCUAGGAUGCAGGACGGUGUGGAAGCAGAUAUGACACUGUAAGCAAUAUUAACACAUUAGUGCUUUUGGAUAUUAUUUAGGCAGAGUCAGUAUUGGCAACUACUAAAACGUCAUUUUUUAAACCCUGUUUUCUAGGUUUCAAAUUGGUUCUUUGAGGGAGGGGGGAGGGCUGGCUGAUCGUGCACCACUCUUUGUGCAACUUCGAAACUUCUAGUGAGGUUUGUUGGUUUCUGUUUUGUUUUGUUUUGUUUGUUCUGUUUUGUUGGUUUUUUUUUUAAUAUAUAUAUUUUUGUGUACUUGUUGCUUGUGCUUAAUUUAGUAGUAAAUUGUGGAAUAGAGUGAUUUAUUGUUAAUUUGGCAGUAGCGGUUUUUUAAAACCAUAUACUGACUGAAACAUGAGCCAGAGCUGAUUGCUUUAUUAAGCUAAUAAUGAAUGUUAAGAGUACAUAUUUUCAGGAUCAUUUGCCUAGUGAGCUAAACAUGUAUUAUAGGCCAAUAUUUUUUAAAAUAAAGCUUGGUCAACCUCUAUGUUACACAUAUUACAAGAUAUAGCACUUUCAAAAGAAAACCUAAACCUUUUAAGAAAGUUUCUUACAGGUUAUGCUUUUUAUUAUAAAACCUUUUAUUAUAAUUUGUUUCAAGUGCCAUUAGAUUACAUAUAUGUAGGCCUUUGGUAUAAUGCUUUGUGUACAAAAUGGUAGACAUUGUAAUUUUAAACAGGUACAUUUUUACAGUGUUUUCUUAUCAAUUUGCUAUAUUGCACAGAACCAGUGUGUCUUUCUUAAGGGUUUUACAAUGGUUUUUACUAGGUUUACAUGUUUCAAACUACACUGUCUUCUACUGCCAUUUUGAAUACCAGUCGAAAAAAAAAGAAAAAAGAAAAAAAAAAGAAAAGAAAAAGAAAAAGUUUGUCCUCACCAAUUGUAAAUUGUGUCCUCUGGAGUUCUGGGUGGUAACUAUUGCAAAAAUAUUUAACACGCAGUAUUUGAUGCAGAUUUUUUUAUCCUAUGCUCUCAACGCUAUGCUGCUGUCUGAAGUUAACUUAGGGCCUGAUCCUGCAUCCGUAGACGUCAAGGGGAGCAGGGCUGCAUCCUUCGUUAUGUCUGUCUCAUACACUGGUUUAGCAGCUCAUCCUGUAUUCUUCUCAGUCUAUAGAUAAGCCUCCGAAAUAAAUGUUCUUACCUGGUAUGUAGUAAACUGUAUAGACUUAGCUGCCCAUUCUGCAUCUUCCCAGUGUACAAUUAAAACCAUAGGCAUUAGCAUUACACUCAGCGUACAAACAAUGCCACAGUAGUUCAAAAUGUGUUUGGAUAGUCCCAAAGCUUUAUGUAAUAAGGGUGUCUUACUUUGUUGGAAGGCAGUGUCUUUUGAUAACAGUUAUCUAGCCCUGGAAGUGACACAGAACUAUUGCUAAUCAUAUGUAAACACUUUUCAGUAUAAGCUUCAGUGGUACAGUUGAACCAGAGUGAAUGUUUAUCUCCUCAGAAACACUCCUGCAAUAUUGUUAUAUUGGAUCAUGCUGCUAAUGUAACUUGGGAUACAACUCCUCUCAUGGUGCUACAAACCUCCCUGUCUCAUUCAGAUGUAUUUUUACCCAUAGAAAAAAGGACUAUACUAGACCUAUAGUUGUAUGAUAUAUUUUUAUACUGUGACUUAAUUUGUCAUUAAUGAACUUUGUACAACACCACAAUGUAUUCAUAUGCACUUGCAGAAGUAAAAUGUUGGACAUGCAAAUUUAAACGCUGACAAGCCCAGCUCUUGUUCACAAAAAUAGAUGAUUUAGUUAAAAUUAAAUGUGGGCUUUUUAUAUGGUGUGGAGUGAAGAACAUACUAUAUAUUACUAAAAGCUUCUGAAUUUAGACAAAAACUGGGAAAGAGUAUAUUGGGGAAUGAUGACACACCCAAACCUGACUCGGAUUGCUGAAAUUCUAUUUUUUAGAUAGUGGGAAAAUUGUUUGGACUCGAAUGCUAAAAUCUUUCAAUGAUAAAAUUUUUGAGUCAAAAAUAGAGAAAAAAGAACACAGAAAACCCUGCAUUCCAGACAGAAUUUGUGUAUGUUUCUUGCAUUUAAAAAUUUGCUAUCCUGUGAUAUGGGAAAUUGAGUUGCUUAUCAUGUAUAUGUACUUUAAAAUGUAUUCACAAACUACUGUUGUAUUUGUAUAAAAUAUAGACAAAAAGAUUGCGUAUAUAUUUUUGUGUAUAAGCUCUGUAAAAUAGCAAUCACAUUAUGAAGCUGCAGCAGAACUUCAUUUUAAACAUUCACAUCCAAAGAAACAGACUAUUUAUUGUCCACAUACCCUGAUUAUAAAAUAUACCUUGCUGCUAUUAAACAAUAGUGCUGCAGCUUCUUGUGGCCUACAGUGUUAUGUUUGCUGUACAAAAAUAUGUGAACUCCACAAAAUAUAUCAAUAAAAUUACAGAAUGGUUUUAGUUAA